GGACGGUCGAGGCUGAGCCGAGCAGGAUGCAGCACUGACGGCCUGAUCGGUACCGGGAGGAGGGGAACAUAUCCGACAGUGAACCGGAGCCUGCUGCUGGUACCGACCCGAUCUGAUGUGAGGCUGCGGGGAUGGACUGGUAGGCAGGGAGGAGGCGAGAGGAGCGGAGCGACCGACGGCACAUAACGGAGGAGAGAGGAGGAGGAGGAGGAGGAGAAGGAUGAAUCCGGCUGAAGGAGGAGGAGAAGCGGGCCAGGACGGCCUGGCGACGGCAGGUUCUGGUAAAGCAGAGACUGUUCGGGCAGUCGAUGUCCUGACGGUGCUCAGAGAGAAAGUCGCCUUUGUGUCGGGUGGAAGAGACAAACGAGGCGGACCAAUUCUGACCUUUCCCGCAAGGACCAAUCAUGAUCGAAUAAAACAGGAAGAUCUCAGCCGACUGGUAACCUACCUGUCAACAAUACCCAGUGAGGAUGUGCGAGCUCGUGGCUUCACCGUUGUGGUGGACAUGCGUGGCAGUAAGUGGGACAGUGUGAAGCCAGUGCUGAGGACACUGCAGGAGUCCUUUUCCUCCAACAUCCACACAGCGCUGCUCAUCAAACCGGACACCUUCUGGCAAAAACACAAGACUAACCUGGGCAGUGCCAAGUUUAGCUUUGAGACCAGCCUGGUGUCAGUGGAAGGUCUUUCCCGACUCAUCGAUCCCUCCCAGCUUACUGCGGACCUUGGAGGUUCAUUGGAGUACGACCAUGUGGAAUGGACUGAGCUUCGUCUGGGACUUGAAGAGUUCUCAGGGGCUGCAACGCAACUGCUGGCUCAGCUGGAACAGCUGGAGGCCGGGUUGAGCCGAAUACCAGAGCCUAAAGAUGUGGAUGAGGCCCGCAAACUUCUAGAAGAACAUAAUCGUCUCCGUAACACAAUCGCCACUGCACCGGUGGAUGCCCUCGACAGAGAAGGGAAAAGUUUGCUCCAGCGUAUGCGCCUGGGCCACUCACAUGGUGAUGGCUCCACUGAGGGUGGAGGAGGUGGCGGUGGCACCUGGUUGUCAGGGGGGGCGGACUUCCAGACCGUGGCCCCGAAGGUGUCCUCUGUGCUGGACCGGCUGCAGGCUGGUCGCACCCAUCUGCUCCAGAGCUGGAGCGACAAAAAGCUGCACUUAGACCAGGGUCUGCAGCUGCACCUGUUUGAGCAGGACGCCAGCAAGAGCUGCUGUCUAACCCGUCUCUGUUGCUGCUGCCUGUCCUCUCAGAUGUCAGAGUGGAUCGCCCACAGUAAAGAGCUGUUUAUGCAGAGUGUGGCAGAAGUCGGUCAAAACCACCAGCACUCUGUUGACCUACAGACACAACACCAGCACUUCACCGCCAACUGCAUGAAUGGCAGUGUAAACGUGGACAGUGUGGUCACUGUGGCUGCAAGACUCGCAGAAGCCGGUCACUACGGAGCAGAGCGGAUCGCCUUGGUGUCGUCGCAGUUGCAGGAAGACUGGAAGUCAUUGACGGCCACCCUGGAGGAGCGCAGCAACACGCUUGCCAUGGCAACUGGUUACCACCAAGGGGCAGAGCAGUUUCUUCUCCGGGUAGAGGGAUGGGUCAAAAUGUGCUCUGAAGGAUCCUUACCAACUGCAUCAGCAGAGCUGGAAGCUGCGACUAAAAAACACCAGGAGCUCAAUGAGGAGAUUUCUGCCAACUACACACAGGUCAGUGAAAGUGGUAAAGCCUUAAUGGAUGUCCUCCAGCGUAACUCCAUGAGUGAGUCUGAUGAGUCAGCAGCCAAACCAGACUUCACCACUGCCACACACACCAUCAUGGGAGUUCUCCACCAGGUGAUACAGGGUCACCAUGAGGUGGAAGGAGCCUGGCAACACAGGAAGCUACGGCUCCAUCAGCGCCUGCAGCUCUGUGUGUUUCAGCAAGAUGUUAAACAGGUGUUGGACUGGGUGGAGCAGCACGGUGAGGUCUUCCUCAACAAACACACCGGUGUGGGGAAGUCUCUCCACCGAGCGCGAGCGCUGCAGAAACGGCACAAUGACUUCCAGCAAGUCGCUCAGAAUACUUACACUAAUGCGGAGAAGCUUCUGGAAGCUGCGGAUCAGCUGGCUCAGUCUGGAGAGUGCGAGGAGGAGGAGAUCUACCAGGCAGCCCGAGAUCUGGAGCUGCGCAUGCAGGCCUUCAUCCAGCGGGUUGAACAGAGGAAGCUGUUGCUGGACCUCGCUGUGUCCUUCUAUACUCACACUAAGGAGGUAACAGACGUAGUGAUAGAUUCUUUAGCCCUCUGUCGUAUUUUUCAGUUCGUUUUCUUUCUAAACCAGAAGCCUGUUCUUCUGUUCUUCUCUGCUCAUCAGCUCUCGGUGUGGAUGGAGGGCCUCCAGAAGCAGCUCUCCUCAGAUCUCCUGGUGUGUCCAGAAACCGUGGAGGCUCUGCAGGCUCUGAUCAGCCAACAGCAGCAGCAGCAAGCCAACACGCAGGAAGCUGCGAUGAGUGUCAUCCGGGAAGGAGAAGACCUCAUCCUGCAACUCAGGCCUCAGGGCAGCUCUGUGGCUCAUGUGGAGUCGGUGUUGCAGCAGCUGGAGGAGUCCCACGCUCAACUUGAAGAACUUUUUCACCAGAAGAAGAUCCGACUUGACAUUUACCUGCAGUUUCGCAUACUGCAACAGUGCACUCUAGAGGUAACUGGUGAAAUGGAUGCAUGGAAACAAGAUCUCCAAAAACAGUCCCAGGACUUUUCCGCUGAGAAGCUAACGUCUCCGCGGCAAGCUGAAACCAACCCGGACCAGCUGGCUCAGGACAAACUAGCCCUAGGCCAGUCACGUCUAGCAGAGGCCACUCCAGAGGCACUGACAUUGGCACAACAGCGUACUCACAGGCACAUGGAGCGAAGGCUGGCUAUGAACAAUAUGAUAUAUGAGGUGAUCCAGCAAGGCCAUGACAUUCAGCAGUAUAUCUCAGAGGUCCAGGCAUCAGGUAUGGAGCUGUCAGAGGUGGAGGGAAGCCUCUCCUCUCAGGUGGAAGAGCUGCAGCACCUCCUGCAGGACAAACAGAAGGAGCUGCAGCAGAUUGCAGAUCACACACACACAUUCCUGGAGCAAAACCUGCAGCUGAGACACCUGCAGAGCCAGGUCAAACAGGUGCUUGGUUGGAUCUCAGAGGGGGAGUUGAAGCUAUCGUCCUGCAUGCUGAAUUCCAGCUGUCUGUCUGAAGCUGAGCAACUGCAGAGAGAGCAUGAGCGCCUCCAACAGACCAUUGAGGCUCUGCUGCAUGCUGAUUCCCUGCAGAGAACUCACCAGGUGGCACUGGCUCUGCAGCAGAGAGCCGAACUGUUGGUCAGGUCAGGCCAUUAUGACCCAGACGCAGUGAGGGCUUGUGCCCAGACGGUGGCACUCCACUGGCAGACUUUGAUGCUGAGGAUCGAAGACAGACUCAAACUGGUCAAUGCAUCUGCCGCCUUCUACCGGACGUCACAGCAGGUGUGUGGUGUCUUGGAGAGUCUAGAGCAGGAGUACCGGAGGGAGGAGGACUGGUGUGCAGGAGGAGAGAGGCAGCCUGAGCAGCUACUGCCGCUCAUUAACAAACACAUGGAGCAAAAGGAGGCCUUCCUGAAGGCUUGCACACUGGCAAGACGUAACGCGGAGGUUUUCCUUAAGUACAUCCAUCGAAACAGUGUAACCAUGGCCAACAUCUCUGGCCACAAUGUCACAGUCUCUGCAGUAACAGGGGUCACUGAAGUCACUGGGCACUCCAGAGUGCCGGAGCAGCAAGUCAAAGGUAUCCUCAGUGAGCUGCUCCAGAGAGAAAAUAGAGUUCUUCAUUUCUGGACUCUGAAGAAACGCAGACUGGAUCAGUGCCAGCAGUACCUGAUGUUCCAAACCCAUGCCCAGCAGGCUCUUGAAUGGCUGCAGCAGUCAGGUGACCACUACCUGGCCACACAUUCAUCGCCAGGAGCAACAGUGGCUGAAACCCAGGAGCUGCUGAACCAACACAGAGAGUUCUGCAUUUCUGCAAAGCAUACACAGGAGAAGGUUCACCUGCUGAUUCAGCUGGCCGAGAGCAUGCUGGCCAAAGGCCACGCCCACCGCGCCGAGCUGCGCCGCUGCGUCUCCGCCGUGGACAAGCGCUACCGGGACUUCACCGUCCGGAUGGGACAGUACCGCCACCUGCUGGAGGCAGCACUGGGUAGCAGUUCUCAGGACAAUAAGGACUUGGAGCUGGAGCUUAUCCCCAACAGUUUAUCUGACUCGGACCCGGAGGUGAACCUGUCAGACCCAAGUCACCAGGUCAGCGACGAGAAGAGACGUUCUGCCCGCAAAAAGGAGUACAUCAUGGCCGAGCUCCUUCAGACAGAGAGAGUCUACGUCAGAGAUCUGCAGGAGUGCAUGGAGACAUACCUCUGGGAAAUGACCAGUGGUUCAGAGGACAUCCCACCUGGUCUUGCCAACAAGGACGAUAUUGUGUUCGGAAACAUCCAGGAUAUCUACGAGUUCCACAACAGUAUUUUCCUAAAGGAACUUGAGAACUACGAACAGCUUCCAGAAGAUGUGGGACACUGUUUCGUUACCUGGGCUGAUAAAUUCCACAUGUACGUGACGUACUGCAGGAACAAACCGGACUCCAGUUUACUAAUCCAGCAACAUGGAGUUGGAUUCUUCGAGGAGGUCCAGAGGAGACACGGUCUGGCAAACUCAAUCUCCUCAGCCCUAAUUAAACCAGUGCAGAGGAUCACCAAAUACCAGCUGCUGCUCAAGGAAUUGUUGGCCUGCUGUGAGGAGGGUAAAGGUGAGAUUAAAGAAGGCCUGGACGUGAUGCUGAGUGUCCCAAAGAGAGCAAAUGAUGCUAUGCAUGUUAGCAUGUUGGAAGGUCUGGAGGAGGGUUUGGAGGUGCAGGGCGAGCUCCUUCUACAGGACUCCUUUCUGGUCUGGGAGCCCAAAUCUCUAAUCAGGAAGGGUCGGGACCGACACCUGUUUCUGUUUGAGUUGUCCCUCAUCUUUAGUAAGGAGAUAAAAGAUUCGUCUGGACGCACCAAAUACCUCUACAAGAGCAGGCUGAGGACCUCGGAGCUGGGGGUAACCGAGCACAUUGAGGGGGAUCCAUGUAAGUUUGCACUGUGGGUUGGACGAACGCCGACGUCCGACAACAAGACGGUACUGAAGGCAUCAUCAUUGGAGCUCAAGCAGGAGUGGGUUCGCAGCAUCCGACAGGUGAUCCAGGAGAGGCGGGGUCACCUGCGGGGGGCGCUGAGGGAGCCCAUCCCCCUACCCAAAACUCCCAACCCAACUCUGGGACGACAGCGCAGCAUCACCCGCAGGGAAACAAGCGAAGACGCAGACAGUUUGGGUGAUGCCAGCAGUCAGCCCGACACCGUCUCCAUCGCGUCCCGAACGUCGCAGAACACCGCCGACAGUGACAAGCUGUCAGGAGGCUGUGAGUUAGUGGUGGUGCUGCUGGAUUUCACCUCCGGGGGGCCCGGAGAACUCAGCGUCCGCUGCGGGCAGACGGUGGAGCUGGUGGAGCGUUCAGCGGAUCGGCCUGGGUGGUGUCUGGCCAGAACCACGGAUCAGACGCCUCAGCAGGAGGGUUUAUUACCGAUGAGCGCCCUCUGCCUGUCGCACUCCCACAGUGCAGCCGACAUGGAGGGGCUCGUCCCGGCCUCCACCACAUCCUCCAGCUCCUCCUCCACCGGGAUCACCAACACCUCCUCUGUCUGCAACUCCUCCUCCACCACUACCACCAACACCACACCAUCCUCCAACUCCUCCUCUGCUGUGAGCGCUGGGAGGGAAUCCAGUCUGUACAGCUCUGACGGUUCAGGACUUCCGAUUCAAACCAGCAGCCAAAGUGCCACUUCACCCACUGUAUAUGGGGUCAGUGGACCUCCAGGGUGUGCUGUGGGAUCUCCAGGUCCAAAACGCACCGCCUCUGGAACUGGAAACACUCUGAAGCGCUGGUUGACGAGUCCCGUCCGAAGACUGAGUCAAGGAAAAGCUGACGGACAGAAAAAGCCUCCAAUCAGAACCAGGAGGCGGGACAACAGGCCAGAAGUGACCACACCCCUUACUGGGAAUACACAGUCGAAGGCGAAGAAGGAAGAAGGUGGGCAAAGUGGAGGGGAGGAGGAGCCUGAGGAGGAAAGCCACACCCCUCUCCCCCCUCCGAUGCAGAUCAUCAACGACCCCAAUAACCCUGAGGCUUUGGAUUCAGAUCAGGGAUACAAUGAAUCGGACACUGAACAGAGAAAUAAAGCACUGAGGGGACGAAUGUUUGUUGUUAAUGAGAUGAUCCAAUCAGAGAAGGACUACGUGAAGGACCUGGCCGUGAUUGUUGAGGGCUUCAUGUCCAGACUGGAGGUCAGAGGGAUUCCAGAAGACAUAAGAGGCAAAGACAAGAUCGUCUUCGGCAACAUCCAGCAGAUCUAUGACUGGCACCGCGAUUUCUUCUUGGUGGAGUUGGAGCGCUGUGUCCAGAACCACGACCUGCUGGCCGACCUCUUUAUUAGACACGAGCGUCGACUGCAUAUGUACAUAGUUUACUGUCAGAACAAGCCAAGGUCAGAGUUCAUCGUUAUAGAGUACGAGACUUUCUUUGAGGAGAUCCAGCAUGAAAUCAGCUGCAGGAUGUCCAUCAGUGAUUAUUUGAUCAAACCCAUCCAGAGAAUCACAAAGUACCAGCUGCUGCUAAAGGAUUUCCUGAAGUAUACAACCAAAGCUGGUCUGGACUGUGAAGAGAUUGAGAAAGCAGUGGAGCUAAUGUCACUGGUUCCCAAACGCUGCAACGACAUGAUGAACCUGGGACGCCUGCAGGGAUAUGAGGGGAAGUUGACGUCUCAGGGGAAGCUGCUGCAGCAGGAAACCUUCUGUGUUUGUGAGCAAGAUGGGGGAGUUUUAUCGCGCAGCAAGGAGCGCAGAGUUUUCCUGUUUGAGCAGGUCGUCAUCUUCAGCGAACUGCUGCGAAAGGGCUCCAACAACCCUGGGUAUCAGUUCAAAAACAGCAUAAAGGUUAGUUACCUGGCCAUGCAGGACAGCGUGGAUGGAGAUCCCUGUAAGUUCGUGUUGUGGUCCCGUGGAUCAGCAGAACGCUUUACGCUGCAGGCUUCAUCCGCCAGCAUCAAGACGACCUGGGUGGAGAACAUUGCCGCCCUGCUGGACACCCAAAACAACUUCCUGUCAGCACUCCAGUCACCUAUUGAGUAUCAGAGAAAAGAGGGCGGGAUAUCUACGACCCGCCCGCUGUCUUCAGGACGACCCCCGUCGGCUCCACCCACCCCUAACGGACAUGCCGCUCAGCCUCCUCCUGACAGCGAGCAAGAUGACCAGGAGUUGGUUCUGGUGCUGCAGGACUUUGUGGCGGUUCGCGAAGAUGAGAUCUCAGUAUUUCGAGGAGAGAAAGUCCAGAUUCUGUCAUCCAACCAGCAGGGUCAGAGUCUGGUUUAUCGGCCGGCCAACAGUGAAUCCCCAGCCGCCGAGGGAUGGGUGCCCAGGAGCGUGCUCAAAAAACACUAACACACACAAACACACAUGCUGACUCUGAGGUCAGAGUGUGGUUUACGAUUCUACACACACCUCAACCACUGCAGGCCAACAGGGUCAACGGCACCAAGGGAAACUCGGCGAGAAGCCUAAAGAGGGUGAUGUCGACCUGUUGUCCAUAAACGUCUAUCUAUUAUUUAAAGUCAUUCUAUAUUACAUCAGUACAGGUUAACCAACACAAAGUUCAUACAUUUAUUAGUUUAGUUAUUCUCACAUGUGCCUUAGUUAUUUCUUUAUUCGGAUUCAUUUAAAAGAGAAACAGGAUUUAUUUCUACCUGUUAUUUCUACUUAAAAGUUAGAAAACAUAAUUUUUCUAUGAAGUCAGUUUGUCUGGUUAGAUGUUUGCAGCCUUGGGUUAUGGGUGCUGCAACAAAUUCAUUUUUAUUCAUGUGAAGUAGAAUAUGAGUUCUUGUUUACUAACCUUCAAGCAACUUAUUUCACCAAAUGUUUCAUUUAAAACAUCCAGGCUGUUAAAUUAUUGAUGUAACUUCAAGUUGAUCAGUGGGUAGACACAAUCUAGGAAAAUUUGUUGAAUUUUGAUUAUUUGUUGAUUAUUAGCUUGCUGCAUCACUGCAGAAAAUAGUAUUAAAAUGUAUUUCAUGCAUCAA